UGGUUCUGUGGACAGGUUGAUACAGCCUUCAAAUUCCUGAAAAAUCCACGAGUGGCUGGAAGUCCUCCAAAUAUACAGAGGGCGUUCCUACGCAAGAAAGGUCUGACAGACGUGGAGAUAGAGGAUGUGUUUCUGCGGGCUGGGGUGCAUGGAGGAACCAGCCUCGCUCAUGCGCAACAUUUGGCCCAGUCUCCUGCAGGACCACCAGCAUCACGGCACUCUUGGCGCUGGAGGGACGUAGGCGCUCUGUCAGCUGUCAUUGCAGCUAUCGGCUUCGGCAUCAACCGGCUGUACAAGUGGCUGGCGGCUGUUCGUGCUGCAGAAGCCCAACGUCUCACUGAUGUGGAAUCCACUGUCUCUGCAAUGGCCGCUUCACUCACCCACGCUGUGACACAACUACAGACAAGUGUCGCAGGGACCCACGAGCUUUUGUCACGUCAACAAAAACAGUUGGAGCGGCUGACAGAUGACACCGCUGUAUCCAAGGCCAGUGGUCCAUUGCUUGCAGAUCUUCGAACAGAAAUAGCUUCUAUUAAAGGUCUCAUGCUGGGGAGAAAGCAGUUCCCGUGUCCCCCGAAUUCAGCAGCCAUUCUGCCGAGCUGGCAGCUGGCAUUGAAGCCAUCUACUUCGACUGAAACAACAAUUUCUUCAACAAUGACAUCUCAGGACGUCAACGCUGCAACAAAUAAAGAGCAACAACUGCAGCCAAGGGAAAACACCGACACUUACUGGAAGCAGUGAAAAUGUCAGCAGCAGCGAUAUUUCACCCAUAAGUCAUGAAUCAGGUAAACAAGCAUUAUUUAGCUUUUGCACUGUUACUGUCUCACAAGGCUAUCACGACGGCACUGUG